UCCGUGAAGCGCAGAGCUCGACACUAUGGCAAGAACCAAGCAGACCGCCCGUAAGUCCACCGGUGGCAAGGCGCCAAGGAAGCAGCUCGCUACUAAGGCUGCUCGCAAGAGUGCGCCGGCUACCGGCGGCGUGAAGAAGCCUCACCGUUACAGGCCCGGCACCGUGGCUCUGAGGGAGAUCCGUCGUUAUCAGAAGUCUACUGAGCUGCUCAUCCGCAAGCUGCCCUUCCAGCGCCUGGUGCGAGAAAUCGCUCAGGACUUCAAGACCGACUUGCGUUUCCAGAGCUCGGCCGUCAUGGCCCUGCAGGAGGCGAGCGAGGCAUACCUGGUCGGUCUGUUCGAGGACACCAAUCUGUGCGCUAUCCACGCCAAGAGAGUGACCAUCAUGCCCAAGGAUAUUCAGCUGGCCCGCCGUAUUCGCGGAGAACGCGCUUAAACCACAACUCCGUCUAAUAAACACAAAGGCUCUUUUAAGAGCCACUU